ACGUGUGCGUAAUUAUUCCUAGUUUCCGGGAGAGUUUCGGGGAUUGAUUGUUGAUUUAAAUAAGAGGAUUUUAAAGGCGCGCGCGCGUUUGCCCUUUGGCCGUUUUUUCCCCCUCGGAUCGAUUAGCAUAUUUCGUGAUUUUGGGCACGUUCGUACGAGGCUUGGGUGGUGGGAUGGUUAUGGUGAACAUGGAACCCGGGGCGAAUCUCGCCGAAUGGAUGGAAUUAUUGAAUGAGAUGCUCCAAUUCCUGGAUGGUGCGGCGACCGCAACAACUGCAGAAAUGUGCUCCUGCUCGAAGAAAGCAAUAGAUGGAAACGAGCAUUGUGCUGAUGGAGACUUGAGUUGCGAGGAAAAAUGUGACUGGAUCCCGUCUCCGGGGACGGCACAGAAUGGUCCAAAAGAGAGUGCCGAGUACAUGAAUAUUGUCAAUAAAAUAGAUGAAUCUCGCUACACGUUGGUACACAAAUGCCGGGCCCUUUUGCGGAAGCUGGAGGAGUCGUCGUCGUCGUCGUCGACGGCGACGCCCCAAACCGUAUUAGACGAAGAGGAAAACUCAUAUCUGGAGAUGGGCGGUGUGGGACAUAAAAAUGAUAUUAAUUUAACCCAACAACCGCCAGAUAAGAUUGACUCGGGUGAAAAUGCCGAAAGCUGCUGCUGUGCUGUUGGUGGUGACAAAGAAAUAACUCCAUCGUGCGAGCCCGAAAGGAACGAGGCCGAGCUGAACUUGGAGGAAAAUUGCUACGACUUUACAACCGAUCGAUGCCUGUACGACGAGUGCCUCGACACAAAAUUGAAUAACACUGUUAACGUUAUCGUCCCAGCGGAGGACUCAACCAGCAGCACCAAGUGCCCUUUCAGUGGCCUCCCGGCAGCGCAUCUUCGCAUCAAACAAUCUCCCAAAAGUGGUACCCUCUUUCGCCAGGAAAAGCGCAUUUUCUUCGAUCAAACCAAAAAGUACUACGUUGGUCUGUUGGACCGCUGGCUUCUUCUGUACAACAACAGCAACGAGCUCAAACCAGCUCAGUGUGUUCAGGUGAAGGACAUCAAACUCGAUCUCAGCCUCAACGACCAAAUCAACGAAAAAAGUCAAUUUCACAUCAUCACCCAGGAAGACUCGAAAAUUUGCUUCACUUCACCCAGCUUUAAGGAGCUCAACGAGUGGGUUGUGGCCAUUCAGCAGAAUUUGCUGGCAAAACCCGAGAACAGUCCCCGCAAGCUACCACUUCCCCCAACGCCCACGCCCUACACCUCCGACGAGACCGACACAGCUGCAGCCUCCUCGGUCGCACGGAUCGACAGCGAAGAAAGCAUUUAUGAGGAGCCUCAGCUUUUGAGUAAACAACGGCCACUGCCCCCUUCCACCCUCGAGCUACACAACAAUUACGAUACACCGAAGCUAACCGCCGAAAAUCUCCUGACUCAGCAGCACCUGAAAGCCACCCCCACUAAGAUAAUUAACGAUGCUCUGAUUUCCCCCAAGACAACGACGUGGUGUGAACCAAUUAGCCUACCUGCCGUACGGCCAACUGUUGCUCACACUCCAAGCACGCCGGUUAAAAGUUGGAUCUUUAAUCGCUUCAAUAAAUCACCCAGCAGCGGUGAUUCAGAACAUCAACCCAAAGCCAACAACAACACAACAAGGAAACCACCAAAGAAGCAACUUGCCUUCCCGGCCUGCGAACCGGCGACGACUCCGACUUCCAGUGUCACCGUGGUGUCAUCCGCCAGUGCCAACAAAGGGUCAAAGAUAAAUAUGAUAAUUAGCCAGCUGGAAGCGAACGGGCAGCUAAGUUUGCUCUCGAAAAGCCUCAACGAUAAGCGGAACACGUGGUGCAUGGAAGAGUAA